AUGAAUCCAUUCACAGGCACCAGCAGUAGAGGCGGCUUUGCUCCACGUAGAGGGCAAGGCCGAGGCAAUAGAUAUCCAAAUUUCAACAAGCCCAGGGAACAGCCGAAACCUGAUCUUAAGAAACACCCUCUUGGAGAUCUCAUCGGGACGAUCAGCGCGUCAGACCUAAAAGUGGGAACGAGCACUACCUCACAUUCUAUCGAGAUAUCUGGCUGCGAGUACGUUUCAUCCUACAACUGGACAGACGACAAAAACCCUACUAUUGUCGUACCAGGAAAACCCCCACAAUGGACGCCUCUCGCAGAAGCACAACGCCUCAAAGAGGACAACGGCCAAUACUUCCGCGAUCUGAACGCCGCAAAAGAUCCUUCCUACCCCAUGGCACCCGCCGUCCACGCCGUGCUCGAACAAGACAAUUACUACUGCACUGAUGACAUCGACAUCUUUGCCUGCGGCAGCACACUAGGAAACCUCCUCCGCUUCGCCCGCGGUAUCGACAAACCCUUCCGUUUCAACCUGCAAGUAAUCAACCGCACCGUCUUCCUCAUCCGCAAAGAAAACGACCCCAAGCAACUCAUCGAAGGCGUGCGAGGCUACGGCCAUACCUUCCCUGAAGCCUACACCACCUGGAGCGACCCCAAGAACUCCAUCUCCCACCAACGCAUCAUCCGCUACAAAUUCGGCGGCCUAACCCAUCUCCUCCGCUUCGAAAGCGACGGCUACAUCCCCGAUCCCUCCUUCGAAGACACCACUCCACUUCCUCGUUCCGACUCCGACUCCGACAACAACGACUCGGAGAAAGACCUCAUCCUCGCCUUCCAAGACCUCAGCAUCCCCUCCCGCCCCGCCACCCCCAAACUCACCAUCAAAACCUCCUCCUCCUCCACCACCACCCCUACCAUCAUCCCUCAAACCGCCCUCUUCGACCUCAAAACCCGCUCCGGCAAACACGGCAAGAAAAUAGACAUGACAGACAUCUACCCGCAACUCUGGCUCAAACGCAUCCCAAACUUCAUUACCGCAUACCACGACGGCGCCGGCCUCUUCACCGACAUCUCCGUCCAGAACAUCGAACCAGAGGUCCGCGACUGGGCCACUGAAAACAAGCUUGGCAUCAAGAAAUUCGCGGGCUUGUUGGGGAAGUUGGUCGCGAUUGCGCGCGAGAAGAGUCCCGUUGGUGCGAAGGAGACGUUGUUAGAGGUUUAUUGUCCAGGCAAGGAGAGGUUGGAGGUCAGGAUGCAGUUUGGGGAGGCGAAGGGGGCGUUGCCGUCGUGGUUGAGAGAGAGGUGGGAGGAUAAUGGGAAGCAUGAGGGUGGGAGGCGUGCGGAUUCUCCGGUUGAUAAUGGAUUUGGUGAUGAUGAUGAGGAUGGGGGUUUUAGGUUGAGCAGGCAGUAUGAUUCGUACUAUGGCAGCGAGUAUGAUUCGGGGUCCGAGCCGGAUUAUACUGCAUGCUCGGCUGAUGACUGUGGGUAUUGUGGCAAGUGUUCUUAUUGAGAUUGGCCGUGUGUGUGUGCUACUAUCCCUCACUCUCUAGAUUUGACGAGAACAAAAUCACGUGCACUACAUACGUGGUUGGUAAUUUGCGGUAUCUGUAGAAGCCGUCACACUGCUGUAAUUAGUUUUGAACACCAAGUACCCAGUGAAUCUGCACGAUGCAUGUCAUAGAUGCUAAUCAGGUUCUGGGACUCAUACAGCCUCAUUUCAUGUCG